AUGGCUCAGCCUUCGACCCCGUCAUCAUUUAGCCAGUCCCUCUUCGGUGGCCCGUCAGCGCCGUCCUCUGUCGCCCUCCUUGCGCAAGCACCUCAGCCGCCUCAAGCAGACUCAUACACCCCGACAGUUUCGAAUGCACUGACGCCCGCCUCCACUGCGUCCUCCAACAACACCUUCGUCAUGCCGAACUCGCCAAUGAAGAACAGAGCUACGAUAGACGGCAGCUACCGCCCCAAAGUUACGAGAACACUAGGCCAACGACCAGCAUGUCUGGUCAAUGCCUCGGUGACCUACUGCGGGAACAACCACAUCUAUGCCUUUGGGGGGUUUGACCAAUAUACGGACGAAGUGUACAACCAUGUGCUCAAGUUGGAUCUGAUAAGCCAUCAGUGGAGUCUGGUCGACAACUAUGGGGAUAUUCCGGGCGUGAGAAUGGGUCACACUGCGACCUUGUAUCAAGGCGACAAACUUCUAGUGUUUGGCGGUGAAAACGAGCACAGGACAUAUCUGUCAGAUCUCAUCGUCUUCAACCUCAAGACGGCACAUUGGACCCAACCGCAAGUUAGUGGGCCGGUUCCCAAAGGCCGUGCAAGGCAUGCCGCCGUGCUCCACGAGGACAAGCUUUUUAUCGUUGGCGGCAUUACGGGACAUGAUAACUAUGUCCUGGAUGAUAUUUGCUACCUGGAUCUCAAGACUUAUACAUGGUCCAAGUCUUGGCGGUUUGUAGGCAGGUUUGACCAUUCUGCGUAUAUCUGGGGUGAUCGAGUAUGGGUGUUCGGAGGCCUCAGUGAGGACAUGGACAAAAUUGGCGAUCUGUGGUGGCUCGACUUAAAGGGAAGUCCGGCCUUUGAAUCCCCGCCUCAUAUGGGCACAUCAGACCGUCACCCUACCACGAACCGUGCCAGCGAUUCUCCACGUCAGCCGUAUUCGAUGGGCGGAACAGGGGUAAUUGGGGCAUCGGGGUAUGCCGCAAACUCACGUACAGCGCAGGUCAACACCCCCUCUUUCCAGUUGAAGACAUACGCGCCAAUGGCACCGGGGGCCAUAUCAGCACUCAAGUUCGUUUCAGGCCCCAAUGUUCCUUCGCAAGGCUCGGGCUACCAUUUCCACUUGUACUCGUCGGGAACUCUUCUCGAUUUUGUGACACCAGCGGCUACCAUCACCUCGAAAGAAUGCUCAUUAUCGGCGCUGGACCUCGCAAAUUUGCGAUGGCAAAAGCUUGCGGAAGGACGCGAGAUCUUCAAGCAUGGAUAUCGUUGGCAUUAUUGCACUAUGAACGAGGAUGGCACCAAAGCCUGGCUGCUAGGUUGCCCAAAAGAGGGAAACGAGGGGCCCAAUGACUACGAAGAGUACUUGAGUGACAUUAUGGAGGUUGAUCUUCGUCGUUUCGGAUUCCUUGGAAACAACGCUGUGGAAGCUCGACCUGAGUCUUCAAGGCCGUCGUUCCACCGAAUUCAAGAGCAGCCGUCCAAAGGGUUGGGACUUGACCUUGCCAAGUUAUUUAACCAGCCUCCGGAAUCGGGCAGCGGAACAGACUUUGUCAUCACCGCGCUUGUCGGUGAUUACGAAGACGAGGAUAUGAUGAGCUCUGGUGUCAUUCGUGCGGGCGGCGAACUUGCCCCAGAUCAAAACUGGCUUGCCCCUGAUGCGCCCACUUCUUCGCCCAUCCACGUCCACAAGCUCAUUUUGCAGGCUCGAUGGCCGCAUUUCGCUCGACUAUACAAUGCCCAGAUGGCGGAGUUCCAUACCAAGAAGAUGCACAUACCAGAGCCAUACAGCGUCGUAAAGGCGUUUCUCUAUUACCUCUACACAGACAGUAUACACGCAGACGACGGGGUGACGGAUCUGUCGGACGUUGCGGGCCUGCUCGUUAUGUCCAACAUCUACAACAUCCCUCACCUGCGUCUCCUCUGCGUAAAUCGGCUUUCAAAAGAGCUCGAUGUCGUCCAUGCAUGCAUCAUCUGGUACUGUGCCGGACUUGCGAACGAGGAAUGGCUAAGGAAGCGGGCAGCUUCUUUCUGCCUCACUAACUGGGGUCGCAUUGUGCGCACUCCUGGCUUCCUACGAUUACCAAGAAGUGCGCUCGUGGAGUUAUCCCAAGAGAUUGAUACAGAAGGUCGCGUGAUUGGUGGAGAGGAACUUGAAUACGUCGAUGGCAUGCAUGGCAACCGCUAUGAUAACUGCAGCAUAUCUCGAAAGGAUAGCAUCAGUAGUGACCGCACACAAGCGCUUCCAUCAGACAUGGACGACUCCGAAGGCAUGGACCUUGCUUGA